GCGCGCACUCGUGCGCCUGUUGCUUCCAUCCUUAGUGACGGCUUCCCUGGCAGUCCCGCUGCAAUAUCGUGCCUGGUCAGGUGAACAUGACAGGAUUGCCUGUCACCCAUCCCUGAUGCGCACCUCUGGAUUUGCACCGCCCUUCAGGCCCCUGGAUUUCGUCGGGAGCAGCAGAUCUGCGUUUUCGACGACACCGCUACCGAAGACGGUAGUGCUCGAUGCAGCGUGGACAAACCUGUCGCCAUCAACAUCAACUCUCCGGUCAACUAUAAAAGAGCAGUCAAUACCGGUGGCGCCUUGUGGGCUCGGCGGCUGUGCACAGACGCAGACCGCUAAUCCAUUCACUCUUGUCAUGCAGGUUAGUAAAGCUUACAGUCUUUUUUCUAAGAAGUCUAGCAAUCGUUUCCUGCUUCAGCUGCCGAGCCCGCACUGCUGCCUUCUUGUCGCUCUUGAGUGUUCUGAUGUAAUUCGUGCUUUGUUGAUGAUGUCGGGUGAUGUAGAAAGCAACCCGGGCCCGGACUCCGAUGCUUUACUAGCUGAAUUGAAGAACUUGUCUGCUGGACAGUCGCAAUUAAUCAGUCAGGUUCAAGACCUGAAAACUCAUCUAGUGUCGACGGACAAAGCUAUUGCUGAUCUGGGCAGGCGCAUGACUGAUCUAGAGGGGCAUUAUCAAAAUCUUGUCUCCCUACGCUCUGACUUCGAAACCGUGAAAACGUGUACCGCUCAAGUGGCCACCGUGGUACACAGGCUUGAAACGCGUAUUGAUGACGCCGAGAACCAGUCACGACGCAAUAAUCUUAUUUUUUAUGGCCUCCCUGAAUCAACUGGAUCAGAGACGUUUGCCCAGACCGAGCAACUUAUCAUCAAGCACUGCCAGGAUCAUUUGAAUAUUUGUAUCGAGCCGAAAGAAAUUGAGCGCGCACAUCGUCUCGGUCAUCGCACAGAUACUAACCGUCACCGUCCUAUCAUAGCGAAAUUCACCUUCCAUAAAACAAAAGAAUUGGUUCUUUCUAACGGCCGCAAGUUCAAAGGAACCAGCUUCAGCGUUGGAGAGGAUUUCUCUCGUUCCGUACAAAUCGCUCGCCGGCAUCUCGUUACUUUCGCUAAAAGCAAAUCAUUACCUUUCUCUCUGCGAUUCAAAACACUGCAUAUGGGCCAUAAGCGCUACGUCUACGACGAGCAAACACAAUCUGUCAAAGAAAUAAUAUAG